AUGGUUAAUACAGGAAAAAGAGUUAUCAAAUCUUCACCAAAGUGUUUAUGUCUAUGUGAUAAGCCUACCGCUGCUAGGAUACCUCGUCAUACACGCACCAAAACCAGAGCUACUCCUAAAUCCAAAGCUGCAAAGAUACUCUGUGUACCAACUAAGGAUAGAAGCAACAGAAACAAGGGAUCUACACGGGCGUGUUCCUCUAGAAGAUCUCAAACUGAAGCACCAGAUGCCGCACCAACUGUCUAUGCAGUAUCUUCACCAGAUGCCGUACCAACUGUCCCUGCA